AUGUGGAACUUUGUGUACCCGGAUGCGCCAGGUGGCGUUGACAACCCAAUGUUAAAUCCGGUGGCAGCCAAUGCGCCAAGCCUAGUGAAGUUGGGCUGCCGGCGGUUAUUCGUGGGCGUUGCCGGGGAGGAUGAGAUUAUUGGGGACAGGGGAGUGUGGUAUUACGAGUUGGUGAAGGACAGUGGUUGGGAAGGCGAGAUCGAGCUAUUCGAGUUGGAAGGAGAAGGACAUGCCCAUCAAUAUCUAAGGCCCCACACUGAUAAUGCCAAGAAGAUGAUUGACCGUUUGGCUUCCUUCAUCAAACAUUGA